AUGAUAGCUAGUCGCUCGUUUACUGUUCCAGCGAGGCAGUGUCUGCGUAUAGCUAACGUGUCUCGCCCAUGGGUCCCCGCAAUAGCACCAAUAGCACAAACUCAAUUCAGGUCUUACUCGAUCCCAUAUGAAGACAAAGUUGCCAAGUUCAAAGGGAAGAAAGGCUCAGAUGGCAAUUAUACAGUCACACUAAUUGAAGGAGACGGUAUCGGCCCAGAGAUAUCGCAGUCUGUCAAGGACAUCUUCUCCGCAGCUAAGGUCCCAAUCAAGUGGGAAUCUGUAGAUGUCACACCCCAAUUGAAGGAUGGCAGAACAGUCAUUCCUGACAAAGCCAUUGACAGCGUCAAAACAAACUUCGUUGCGCUUAAAGGACCUCUAGCCACCCCGAUAGGAAAAGGCCACGUCUCUCUCAAUCUCACUCUUCGCCGUACAUUCAACCUUUUUGCCAACGUCCGUCCCUGCGUGUCUAUCGCCGGCUACAAAACCCCCUAUGACAAUGUCGACACCGUCCUUAUCCGCGAAAACACCGAAGGAGAAUACAGUGGGAUUGAACAUGUCGUGAUCGACGGUGUUGUACAGAGCAUAAAAUUGAUCACCCGGGCUGCUUCUGAACGGGUAUUGAGAUUCGCGUUUCAGUAUGCAGAGGACGUAGGCAAGAGGAAGGUCCGGGUUGUGCAUAAAGCUACGAUCAUGAAGAUGAGUGACGGCUUGUUCUUGAACAUUGCUCGCGAGAUCAGCAAGGACUUCCCACAGAUUGAGUUUGACGCUGAACUACUCGACAACGCAUGCUUGAAGAUUGUAACGGACCCAACACCCUACAACGACAAGGUGCUAGUGAUGCCGAAUCUUUACGGUGAUAUCCUUUCGGACAUGUGCGCCGGACUGAUUGGUGGAUUGGGCUUGACACCUUCUGGCAACAUUGGAGACGAAUGCUCUAUCUUUGAGGCGGUGCACGGUUCGGCGCCAGAUAUUGCAGGCAAGGGCCUUGCAAAUCCGACAGCGCUGCUGCUGAGCAGCAUCAUGAUGUUGCAGCACAUGAAUCUGCAUGAGCAUGCAGACCAAAUCCAGAAAGCUAUCUUUGAUACUCUGGCAGAAGGAAAGUAUUUGACUGGCGACUUGGGAGGGAAGGCGAAAACACACGAGUACGCAGAGGCAAUCAUCAAGAAGUUGUAG